AUGAACAUCCUUCAGCAACAUCAGAGAGUUCAUAUGGGAGAAAAGCCUUGUAAAUGCAGUGAAUAUAGGAAGUCUUUUACUCAGAGCACUACCGUUCGUUUUCAUCAGGGAGUUCACACUGGAGAAAAACCUUAUCAAUGCAGUGAAUGUGGCAAAGCUUUUACCACUAAGACCCACCUUCAUCGACAGCUGAGACUUCAUACAGGAGAAAACCUUUAUAAAUGCACUGAAUGUGGAAAAUCUUUUACACGGAGUACUGGUCUUCAUGAUCAUCAGGUAGUUCAUACGGAAGAAAAACCUUAUCAGUGUAGUGAAUGUGGAAAAUCUUUUACCCGGAGCACUACCCUUCGUAUUCAUCAGAGAGUUCAUACGGGAGAAAAGCCUUAUAAAUGUUUUGAGUGUGGGAAAUCUUUUUCCCGGAGCACUUACCUUCAUUACCAUCAGGUAGUUCAUACAGGAGAAAAGCCUUAUAAAUGCAGUGAAUGUGGAAAACCUUUUAAGUGUAGAAAAAGUCUCGUAUAUCAUCAGUGAGAUCACACUGGAGAAAAGCCUUAUCAAUGCAGUGAGUGUGGGAAAUCUUUUACCACUAAAACCAUCCGUGAUCGACAUCAGGUAGUUCAUGCAGGAGAAAAGCCUUAUCAGUGUAGUGAAUGUGGGAAAUCUUUUACCCGGAGCACUACCCUUCGUAUUCAUCAGAGAGUUCAUACGGGAGAAAAGCCUUAUAAAUGUUUUGAGUGUGGGAAAUCUUUUUCCCGGAGCACUUACCUUCGUUACCAUCAGGUAGUUCAUAGAGGAGAAAAGCCCUAUAAAUGCAGUGAAUGUGGAAAAUCUUUUACCCACAAAACCAUCCAUGAUCGACAUCAGAGAGUUCAUACAGGAGAAAAGCCAUAUCAAUGCAGUGAAUGUGGAAAAUCUUUUACCACUAAAACCAUCCUUGAUCAACAUCAGAGAGUUCAUACGGGAGAAAAGCCUUAUAAAUGCACUGAAUGUGGGAAUUCUUUUAAAAGGAGCAGUGGUCUUCAGUAUCAUCAGAGAGUUCACACUGGAGAAAGCUAUUAAGAGUGCAAUUAAUGUGAGGUAUCUCUCAGCCAAAUUUCUAAAUUCCCUCUCCGCAUAAGAGUACAAAUGGGAGAAAUUUCUUAAAUGUGUAGGAAAUGUAGUUUCUUAGGACUUAACAAUAGUACAAGAAAAUUUGUGAGUCCUCAUUUUUCUGAAUUGUAUCGUACAUUUAAUCACCUACAUUAUGUAAAGUUCCCAUAAGUGUUUUUGCUGUUGUGUUUCUGUGUUUUUAUGUUGGAACACUAUGUAAUUAUGUUGCACGUUCUAACAUAUAGGAUGUACUGCCAGAUCUGUGUCACUGCACAUUUCUGUUGCUGAAGGUAAUUCACCUGAACCACCUAUAAGGUCCCUACAGAUGGCAUCAGUCACCAUCCUCCCAUUCCCAGGGAAGCUAAGUCAGACUCUAAUUUGUUGAUG